CUUAAUGCUCAGGGAAGAUAAAGUAACACAAGGGAAUUGCCAAAAAGAAAUUCUUAAAAAUGCAGCAGUGACCGAAGAUGACUAUUUUGUUGCACCCAUAGGCAAUAUACCUUUACAUGAAGUUGAAGUUGAAACAGAGUCAACAAAACAGAAACAAAAUGAAAAUUGAAAUAGAGAAGCUAGUACGAAUGAAACAAUUCUUUAACAUCCUACAAAUAAGUGAUAAAAAUGUCCAAGUUAUAUUGAAUAAACCUAGCAAAUUGCUUAUGAACAAUAUCCACAAGAACUGGUUGAAAUACAAUCAUUUAAAGGCUGAUAAACAUCAAAUGCCACUAUAUAUAAAUUACCGGAGUCCAAAAAUAGCAUAUGUUCCAACUGUGUAUGGGGUAGUGAAGCAAGACAUACAACAUUACACUAAAGAUAUGGUACUAGAUAUAGACAUGCUUACUGGGAAACCAAUGAAGAAAUCUAUGUUGAAAUUAAAUUUGUUUAUGCCUCAAGAAGAAGCUAUGCAAUACCUCAUACAAUGGCAGAGAUACAGAAAGUACUGGUGGAGCAGUAUAACAACAACACCAAGCUUAUUCUCUGUAAACGAUUUCAAAUAUGAAAACAAUACUGCUCGUGUUGAAAUAGUUGCAGGAUUUCCUAAUGGCCAUCAGGCUGUGGAAAGCUUGGCUUGUGAAACUCGCCCAACUCACAAAUAUGGCCAGUUAUCAUGUUCUAUGUGUCUAGAGAAUGCAUUACUAGUACUUUUACAAGAUGGAUUGAAUAACAGCCAAAAGGAUGAGUAUUUAAGGCUCCACAGGAAGAUAGCACCAUUCAAAAUUUCUCUAGCUUUAAAAUUUGAUAAAGAAAAGGAAUUGGACCAUAAUGGUUCUUUGCAUAAGAUGGCUACUCUUCUACAUCAUAAACUGCUAACAAACAAAAUCUCAACAUGGUUACCUAAUUAUUCACUUCCAUUAGAUUUACAGAUCAAAGAAAAUCGUCAAUUGGGGGUCACUUACACAGCAAUUCUGGAAGAAGAAACAUUAAAAUUUGGAUUUUUUAAAUUAAUGAGCAAUAGUACAAAACUCACGGAACAAGUGCAUUUAAAAGAUUUCUGUAAGUACGCGUCGUUAAAAUUCCGUGAUACAUGAUUAUCUACUUAACUUAGUAUUUAGAUUGAAUUGAACAAAUAAACUUUUCAAAACCCAUAA